AUGACAAUGAGUUCUGUGCUGCCCAGCAGGAGNUUGUUCGUUUCAGGCUGGGGAGCGCUGAAGGAGGACGCUACGCUGAGGGGAAAGCUGCAGCUGAAACCGGUGGAGAAGGUGGAGUGCACGGUGUACCGAAAUGACAAUGAGUUCUGUGCUGCCCAGCAGGAGGAGGACGGGGGAGAGUGUGAGGGCGACAAUGGCGGACCAGUGUUCACGGAGAACGGCGUCUCCGGUGGAUCGCAGCUGAUUGGCAUCACCUCCCGCGGCAGCGGCACCUGCUCAAAGGCCUCGCCCAUGCUCUACACUGAAGUGUAUCCUUACCUCGAAUGGAUUAAAGACGCUGCUAAACCCUACUACUAA